UGUUUCGGGAAGUCAGACAAUAACAAUAGAACGCAUUUCAGUAUUUUCAACCAGUUUUCGCAAUGGAAUACAGUUAUUAGACGCUCAUCAUCUGCCCCAAAGUCUUCAAUUGCUGAUUCUCGUGGUGAUUUACGUGUCGAAAUGGCAGAAGCUCUAGAAGUUACGACGCCAAUUGAUGGUGAAGAGAAGGACAAAAUGCUCCAGUCGCAGUCCUUGUCGGACAACAUCGACUGCUCCAUCUGCCUCCAGUCCUGCAUUCACCCCACGAGGCUGCCGUGUGGCCACAUCUUUUGCUUCUUGUGUGUCAAGGGAGUGGCCAGUAAGAACCGCCGAUGCGCCCUGUGCCGUCGUGACAUCCCGCCAGAGUGCUUGGAGCAUCCGGAACUGGUGCGCGGCACUCAGGACCUGAGCGCGAGUGCCGGAAGCGAGAUCCGGUGGUUCUACGAGGGCAGAAACGGCUGGUGGCAGUAUGACGUGCGCACGAGCCAGGAGAUCGAGGACGCGUUCGCGCGCAAGGAGAAGACCUGCUCCAUCCUCGUGGCGGGCUACUUGUACUGCGUGGACUUUGAGUCGAUGAGUCAGAUUCGGCAGGACGAUCCGUCGCGGCGGCGCCGCGUGAAGCGCGACUUGGCGUCGGUGCCGAAGAAGGGCGUCGCCGGCCUGCGAAUAGAUAGCAAUAAUGUGGUGGUGACGGACGCGACGCCCACCACGUCGGAGAUCACGACGAGCGAGCCAGUUCCUACGUCUGCCAAUCCGAAUCCCGUCUCGUCGCACACUGCCACCGACGCGGCGCUGCGGAUCGCCUCCCACCUGCUGGACUCGAUGCUCACGCAAUCCGACGACUACCAGUCGUCCGACGAGACGAGCCGCGACAUCAGCCAGGAGAUCUUCGAUGACUCCGGCGAUCUGCUCGAAGGCAUCCGGAAUCUCACGCUGUGCAACUUCGGCGAGGAGUCCAGCGACACGGACAGCGAUCUUGAGAUUGUGCUGUAAAUUGUCCAGCGAACACUGUCGAAAUUGCAUCCUGACGCUCGCCGUUUCGAUGAUUUUUUCGAUGGAGAAAGAGAAAAAAAAUCGAUUUUCCCGGUAUUUUUAUGCAACUUCUCAUUUUGUUUGAUUGAUAUCUCGUGAUACAUAUUGAAAAUAGUAGUUGGCAAAUUCAUGGUUCUUCGACGUUUUACUAAGUGUCGCGAUGUUGAGAGCGAAGGGCGUACCUGUGAAUUAUAAUUGUGAAUAAAAUUCCAUUCAGUGUA